UCCCCGGCCGGGCAGUGAGACCGGUGGCUGCGAGGAGGCUGCGGACGAGGGGAAGGGCAGCCGGAGACAAGCUGGGCGCCCCUCUCGGAGGCUGGAGAGUCCCGGCUUCGUGGGGGUCGCCGCUGGGCCGGCGGCUGGGAUCAUGGCAUCGUUGGCGGGCAGAAUGCGGGGCAACGGGCGCAUUGCCGCCGGGCUCCUGCUUAACUUGCUGGUGUCCAUCAGCAUCGUGUUCCUCAACAAAUGGAUUUAUGUGCACCAUGGUUUCCCCAACAUGAGUAUGACUCUGGUGCACUUCGUGAUCACCUGGCUGGGUUUGUACAUCUGCCAGAAGCUGGACAUCUUUGCUCCCAAAAGUCUGCCGCCUUCCAAGAUCUUCCUCCUGGCCCUCAGCUUCUGUGGCUUCGUGGUCUUCACCAACCUCUCUCUGCAGAACAACACUAUAGGUACCUAUCAGUUGGCCAAGGCCAUGACUACGCCGGUGAUCAUAGUUAUCCAGACCGUCUGCUACAAGAAAACCUUCUCCACCAGAGUAAAGCUCACGCUGAUUCCUAUAACUUUAGGUGUAAUCCUAAAUUCUUAUUACGAUGUGAAGUUUAAUUUCCUUGGAAUGGUGUAUGCUGCUCUUGGUGUUUUAGUUACAUCCCUUUAUCAAGUGUGGGUAGGAGCCAAACAGCAUGAAUUGCAAGUAAACUCAAUGCAGCUGCUGUACUACCAGGCACCGAUGUCAUCGGCCAUGCUGUUGGUCACUGUGCCCUUCUUCGAGCCCGUGUUUGGAGAAGGAGGAAUAUUUGGCCCAUGGUCCAUUUCUGCUUUGCUUAUGGUGCUGCUAUCUGGAGUGAUAGCUUUCAUGGUGAAUUUAUCAAUUUACUGGAUCAUUGGGAACACUUCACCAGUCACCUACAACAUGUUUGGACACUUGAAGUUCUGCAUUACAUUAUUUGGAGGAUAUGUUUUACUGAAGGACCCACUGUCAAUUAACCAGGGUCUUGGCAUUUUAUGUACUUUGUUUGGCAUUCUCGCCUAUACCCAUUUUAAACUCAGUGAACAAGAAGGAAGUAAAAGUAAAUUGGUACAACGUCCUUAAUCAGGUUUUUGUGAAGAAAAGGAAGUUGCAUCAAGAAGAUAUAAAAUUAUUGUUAAAUGUGCAAAUUACUUCCAAAGAAGCAAAAAAUAUAUAGUAAAAAUUCAUUGAAUGAUGGUUUACAAGAAGUAACACAAAGGAAAUUUUAUGCAUAAAAAUGACUUUAAAAAAAAAAAAACUUAAUUCUCUAAAACAAAAAUGGUUCGUGCUUCUUUUCAAAGAUGAUUGUAUAAAGUAUAUAGGAUGAUUUGGUUAUACUAAAUGAAGUACAUAGAAAUUAAAGUUCUAUAAUAAUGACAAAGGGAUUAGUUUUACAGUACUGCAAAUAUUUUAGUUUUUAAAUGUUUCUAUUCUUUUAAGGAAGGACACAUAGGACUUCUCUACUUGCUAGUAGAUGGUUUCCCAAUUGAGAUCUGUUACUCUUUUGGCCAAACUAUACAAGUCGGAAUUUAAUCUGGCUCUUCUCUUUUAGUAGGUUUAGUUGAACUUCCCAAUUAUUUCAUUUACAGAAGCAAAGUAUAGUAGAGAAGAUGACCAAUAAGACAAAAUCUAAUUCUAAAAGUUCUGUUUUUCUAGUAAAAAAAUAAUGUAAGAGGUGAUAUGUUAUCCAAAACAAAAAACCCUGUAAUUUUAGAGAUAUUUGUUCUUGAGCUUUCAGUGUACUCUAAAACCUGUAUGUGGAAUUCAAAACCAAAAUAAACCCAUGUUUAAGGAGCUGAAAGACAAGACUAUAGAACUGAACAGGUUUCUUACUAAUCCUGGUACUGCUUUCCCAGCCUCUUGAGCAUUUCAUAUUGGUAAUUUCUUAAUACCACCUCCCUGCCACCACUUCCCAUCUCUCCUUUGAAGCAUCCAUGAAGCUUUCUUUGACAUUUAGGGAUUUGGUGUGGAGUAUGUCCAGCCUUUCUCAGGUAGCUGAGGGUAAAUCUUUUAUAACAAGUCAGGGCAAAUGCUUUGCAAACACUAAGCAGAAACUUGAUGAAAAUAUGAGUCAAGAUUUGAAAGAGAAAUAGUCAGUAUUUAACUAGUUCCAUGAAUGUUUACAGGGAUAAUUUUCAAAAAUUGAGAUAUGGAGGGAAUACAUGUGUGGUGGUUUGGAGCUAUAUGUACCCCAGAAAAACAUAUUCUUAAACUUAAUCCAUUCACAUGGGUGUAGACCCAUUGUAACUAAGUGUUUUUGAUGAGGCUACUCCAGUUAAGAUGUGGCCCACCUCAAUCAGUGUGUGUCUUAAUCCUGUUACUGGAGUCCUUUAUAAGCAGAAUGAAAUCCAGACAGAGAGCCAAGGGAAGCAAGGAGCUGAGGGUCAGUGGAAUCUGGAAGAGAAGGGAGAGGGCAGGAGAGGCCACCAAAUGCAUUGCCAUGUGACAGAGGAGCCUGGAACCAAGGAUUGCUGGCAGCCAGUCCCAGAACACAAGUGUUCGGAUAGAAAGCAUCACCUUGAUGACACCUUGAUUUGGACUUUCUCUUAGCCUCAAAACCAUGAGUCCCAUUGGUUAAACCAACCAUUGCAUGGUAUUUGCUUGAGUUGUCAAGGAAAUGAAAACAACAUGAUUUCCACUUAAGGAAGUAUAGUGCCACAUAUUUAAUUGCAAAAUGCAUUUCUGCUUGCCCACUUAUUGACAUUUGAGCAUUAAAAAUAGUUGGUAAUCUCUCACAACAAAUUGACGAAGACAGGCUAUCCUUGUAAUAUGUCUUUUCUAAAUAUUAUUUAUAGACAAUAAGUGAGUAAACACCUUUUAACAGGACACAGAGCCAUGUGUAUAAAAUAUACCUUUUGGAUUUUUUUUCUGGCCUGUCUGAAUGAGAUACCUCACUGAUUGUAUAUUUUGACACAAUUUCAAUUUAUCAGUCAUUCUGUUGUAUGAUUAAUAUGUGUGGUUUUCAGUUUUUGUUUUAAGUAUUCUUUGGUCCUCAGUUUAUAAAGAUAUAAUUUUAUUGUGGUAAUAAGAAGUACAAAGCAAUUUGUCUUCGCCAGAUGACCUUUGGGUAUUGUGCUUGUCUAAGAACAUCCUCUGUGUGUGUUUAAAUAUACAAUUGCUUUGCAAAAACUGGAGAAAAAUAUUUCAGCACAAUGAGGAUUUUGUGACUUCUGUGCACUGAAAACAGUGGAGUUGAUUUGUGCCAUGUACAAAUUAUUAACUGUAAAUAAAACUCAGGGCCAUUUAAGGGUCCAUCAUAAAGGACUGGUGUCAAUAGGAAUGCAGUGGGAAGGUGGGGCUACAUACAUAUAAAUGAAUAAAAUGUGUACUGCUGGAA